AUGGCUUCAACUCUCAAAUCGAAUCCAUUGUUAUUCAAACUGCAUCAACUGUUAUUACCUCUUCUCGAUUUUAAAUCGACUCAUACUGAAAGAAUUAGUUGUGACAUUUGGGCUGUGACUUUAGGACUGAGGAGAGGUUGUUUGAUAGAUCAUUGUCAAUUUUCAGAAACUUCAUCUCGUUUAUUGAGUUCCAAAUUAAAAGAAGUUGGUGAACUUUUUUCAAAUCUAACCAUCAUCUUUGAAAUUCAUUCUCAAUCUACUUUCAUUUGUUCAAGAAGUGUACUCCACUGUGAUGCUCGAUUGAACCUAAAGUUUAUUACUCUAAGUUCCAAUCAGAUUAGGCUUCAAGAAGAACCACCUGAGGGGUUUUCAGACUCGAUCAGUCACAUUCAAAAUCAUUCGAUAACCAAUGCAUUUCUGCUUCUGAAUGGUUUUGGUUCAAAUCCUGUAACAAUCGCAGGAUGGUUGAUAGGGUACCCCUUUCUAUAUGUCACUCCAAAGCGGGCUGAUUGGGUAUGGCAAGACGCUCAUUUGAAAGUGAUCAACUUUACCUUGAUGGGAUCCCAAUCAAAAGAACUUGAUCAUCAAUUGAUGGCUUUUAGUAUUCCAAGUGAAAUUGAAGCUCAACUUGACUUUGAGGCUAUCUUGAUAACACUACAAGACAAAAUCAAUCAACAAAUUCAAUCAAAUGGCUCAGAUUUAUCAAUUUGGAAUCAUGUCACUUAUUCAACAAAAAAACUUUCCAACAUGGAAACUACCACAAUAUUGGAAUGUAAUGUCAAUUUUGAAAAUUAUGCUUGA